CCGAUAUUAUAUGUAGUUCAAAAGUUUGCUUAACGCUUCUUUAGUCUUUGCAGUCGACGAUACAAUGUCUUCAAAGAUAACUGCAGACCAGUUAUAUGAAAUAGUAAAGGCGGUUCUAGAUGGUUCCAAAGAAAAAAAACGUAAAUUUUUGGAAACAGUUGAACUUCAAAUUGCUUUAAAAAAUUAUGAUCCCCAAAAAGAUAAACGUUUCAGUGGGACAAUUAGACUCAAGACUAUACCAAGACCAAAAUUAAAAGUUUGCGUACUAGGUGAUGAAUCUCACUGUGACCAAGCCAAAGCUAACGGCAUAGAUUGCAAGUCUGUUGAUGACUUAAAAAAACUUAACAAAGAUAAAAAAGAAGUUAAGAAACUUGCUUCUAAAUAUGAUGCAUUUAUUGCAUCUGACUCCUUGAUUAAACAGAUUCCUCGUCUUCUUGGGCCUGGUCUUAACAAGGCAGGAAAAUUUCCAGUUAUGAUAACUCACUCAGAUAAGAUGAUGGACAAAAUAAAUGAAAUCAAAGCUACUAUUAAAUUCCAAAUGAAAAAGGUUUUAUGUUUGGCAGUUGCUGUCGGGCAUGUUGAAAUGACUGAUCAUGAGUUAGCUCAAAAUAUCUUUUUGGCAGUUAACUUUUUAGUCUCUCUUUUAAAAAAGAAUUGGCAGAAUGUUAGAUCUUUGCAUGUUAAGAGUACAAUGGGUAAAGUUCAACGAUUGUAUUAGAUUACAUUGAAGAUAUUGUCUUAAAUUGAA